CAUGUCCAAGAUACUGAAAUGUGCUGGGAAUGAAGACAUCAUCACUCUGAGAGCAGAAGACAAUGCGGAUACGUUGGCGCUAGUGUUUGAAGCACCAAAUCAGGAGAAGGUUUCUGACUAUGAGAUGAAGCUGAUGGAUCUUGAUGUGGAGCAGCUUGGAAUUCCAGAACAGGAAUACAGUUGUGUAGUGAAAAUGCCUUCUGCUGAGUUCGCCCGCAUCUGCAGAGACCUCAGCUACAUUGGCGAUGCCGUUGUCAUCUCCUGUGCCAAAGAUGGGGUGAAGUUCUCGGCUAAUGGGGAGCUGGGCAACGGCAACAUCAAGCUGUCCCAGACCAGCAAUGUGGAUAAAGAGGAAGAAGCUGUUACAAUAGAGAUGAACGAGCCAGUGCAGCUGACCUUCGCGCUGAGGUACCUGAACUUCUUCACCAAAGCCACUCCCCUGUCACCUACAGUCACACUCAGCAUGUCUGCAGAUGUUCCUCUUGUUGUGGAGUACAAGAUUGCUGAUAUGGGACACUUAAAAUACUACCUGGCUCCAAAGAUCGAAGACCAACAGGAAGGUUCUUAACUGGAGCAGGACUGAGG